AUGCUACUAUUUUCGAGCGCUAAUAUAUCAAAAAAGUCAUGCUCUGCAAUAUUACAAUAUGGAUCCGCUUGCCGCACAACAUGUGGUGUUAUUCAUGAUAAGGACACAUACAAUUUAGAUUUUAUUCGUUGCGUGACUCUCCCCGAGGCAGACGCCUUGAUGGAUUUAAUUGCAUGCGUUGUGAGUACUACGUAG